UUUCUCGGUAUGACAUCAUCCACUCAUUGUUUGUGGAGCUGUCAGUUCCAUCACCGACCUAGUACUGUAACGUUAACUACUGUAACGCCAUACAAAUUGGAUUUAAUUUAAAGCAUUAUAUCAACAUGGCAGAUAAACAGGAUAAGAGUGAGCUGAAGGCGGAGCUGGAGAGGAAGAAACAACGCCUGGCACAAAUCAGAGAGGAAAAGAAGAGAAAGGAGGAGGAGAAGAACAAGAAGAAGGAUGGGUCUGACUCUAAGCGGGGAGGGGAGGGGGGUGCAGCUGGGGCACCAGACUCGUCUGACCUGGAGAAGAAGAGGAGAGAGGCUGAAGCUCUACUGCAGAGCAUGGGGAUCGCCCCUGAUAUAACCAAUGCCCAGCCUCUGAGAGUAAUAACAGAGGAUACGUGUUUGUUUCACUAUCUAGUCCCCGCCCCUAUGUCUCCCUCAGCCAAAUCAAUGUGCAGCGAGACAGGAAGCCAGGACUCUGGAGAUGGAAACUCUAGGACGUUACACUGGGAUCCUGACCCCUCUACUCUGCAGCUGCACUCUGACUCCGACCUACUGGGGCGUGGUUUGAGGCUUGGCAUGGCAAAGGUGACCCAGGUGGAUUUCCCACCCAAACAGUCUGUGUCCUACUCCAAGGAGACACAGACCCCCACCUGUACACAAACACACACACAGGCCAAACCAGCGGAGGAGGAAGAGGAGGAGGAGAUGGCUGAGCCCAAGCCAGCAGAGGAGUCCCAGGAGGAGAAAGCUGAUCAGGAGGAGAAGCAGGAAGAAGUCACUCCCAAAGAUCUGACUGAAGAGGAGAAGAUGCAGCUUCUCCACUCGGAGGAAUUCAUGGCGUUCUUCGAUCGAGGGAGCAGGAUUGUGGAACGGGCUCUGUCUGAACGAGUAGACGUCUGCUUUGACUACAGCGGCCGAGACCUGGAAGACAAGGAGGGUGAGAUGCAGGCGGGGGCUAAGAUGUCUCUGAACAGGGCGUUCUCUGACGAACGUUGGUCCAAGAACAGGGUGGUCACCUGUCUGGACUGGUCUCCUCAGUACCCUGAGCUGCUGGUGGCCUCCUACAACAACAACGAGGAGGCUCCUCAUGAGCCUGACGGAGUGGCUUUGGUCUGGAACAUGAAGUUCAAGAAGACAACACCUGAAUACACCUUCCACUGCCAGUCUGCAGUGAUGUCAGCAGCGUUCGCCAGGUUCCAUCCUAACCUGGUCGUGGGUGGGACUUACUCAGGCCAGAUCGUCCUAUGGGACAACAGGAGCAACAAGAGAACACCUGUACAGAGAACUCCUCUUUCUGCAUCUGCUCACACGCACCCAGUGUACUGUGUGAACGUGGUGGGGACCCAGAAUGCUCACAACCUCAUCAGCAUCUCGACUGAUGGAAAGAUGUGCUCCUGGAGCCUGGACAUGCUGUCUCAACCACAGGACAGUCUGGAGCUGGUGUUUAAGCAGUCUAAGGCAGUAGCAGUGACCUCCAUGGCUUUUCCGCUGGGUGAUGUGAACAACUUUGUGGUCGGGAGUGAAGAUGGAUCAGUCUACACCGCCUGCCGUCACGGGAGUAAAGCAGGUAUCAGUGAUGUAUUUGAGGGACAUCAUGGUCCGGUCACUGGGUUGAGCUGUCACAGUGCUGGGGGUCCUGUGGAUUUCUCCCAUCUGUUCAUCUCUGCAUCCUUCGACUGGACCGUCAAGCUGUGGACCACCAAGAGUACCCGUCCUCUGUAUUCAUUUGAGGACAGCUGUGACUAUGUGUAUGAUGUCAUGUGGUCUCCCACACACCCCGCCCUCUUCGCCUGUGUAGACGGAUCUGGACGCCUGGACCUGUGGAACCUCAACAACGACACAGAGGUGCCCAGUGCAAGUGUGUGUGUGAAUGGGUCUCCUGCUCUGAACCGUGUGCGGUGGGCUCACUCAGGGAGAGAGAUCGCUACAGGAGACUCAGACGGACAGGUGCUGGUGUAUGACGUAGGGGAGCAAAUCUGUGUGCCCAAGGCAGAUGAAUGGACCCGUUUGGUACACACGCUGGUGGAGAUCAACGAGAACCGUGAUGAAGGAGAGGAGCUGGCCGCGCAGCGCCUAGUCGCCUGAUCACCAUGGUAACCACUCCCCUCCUGCACUUGCUUCCAAAUCCUCCCUCCAGUUGGAACAGGAGUGAUGUCUAUCCUCUCAGGUUCUAGAACAUUUGCGUGUUCUGUCCACAGCGCUUCCCUAAAUAUGCUAAACUUUGUACCUUUUUACUACUUUGAAGCUCGUGUGUGUAUUCCCUAAAGGCUGACCAUGUGGGUUUAAUGGUGAAGACCAAGAAAUAGGAUGACCCAUUCCAACCUUUAUAGACUAGGGCAGCAAUGUCCUUAGAUUUGAUUUAUCCAUGCUCUUAUUUAUCAUAUGCGGUUGCACAUAUUUUAAACAUAUUACAUAUUUAAACGUGUCUGCGGAUAGCUUUACUAGUAAAUCCCUUAACAUUAGCACUACACCUAAGCUCAUACCACUACAAGACAAAGUGCUUUUUAAACUGUACUUGCCUUGACUGAAUAUGUUAGUGGUUUUUGAAUAAACUAAAGUUAAUGACUUUAUCCAUUUAAAGAUGUACUGUACCCGUAGGUCUCAAAAGAAACCCAGUGUCUCUCUCCUUCUUGAAAGGAUGCUAAUGAAGUAUUUCCUCAUAUGAAGAGCCAUAUAUCCAUACAGACUUUGGCCAACUAUUAACCAUGUUGGCACCAAAUUCUAAUUAGUAUUUCAACUAGACUUUUGUUGUGGUAACAUUGUCCAUUCCACAAUUCUCUGUUGGAAGGAGUUUACCAAACUGUAUAUAUAUACACAACACAUUCAGAAAGUGUUCAGACCCCUUGACUUUUUCCACAUUGUUACGUUACAGCCUUAUGCUAAAAUGGAUUAAAUAGUCCCCCCCUCAUCAUUCUACACAC